AUGGCCGAAGCAACCACCGCCCGGCAGCGGAAGAAAGAGCCCGUCGCCGUCCCCAUCGUCCCCGAUGAAGAGUGCGGCUCCGAGGUCGAGGACAACCUGUUUGCCGGCACCCCGUCCGAGAAGCUCAGUCGCAAGACCAAGGCCAAGGCCAGGUCGGGAACAAAAGCCAAGGCCGCGCGGACGGACGACGGCGAGACCGAUGCCUUCAGCCCGUUGAUCGACGUGCUGCGCGUCCUCAGCUUCCUCGCCGUCGCCAGCUGCGCCCUGAGCUACGUCAUGAGCAGCGGCGAGAGCUUCACCUGGGGCUUCGACGACAAGCCGUGGUACCUGCGGCCGUCGUACUGGAAGCUGCGUUGGAACGGCCCCCUCUACCUGACCCCCGCCGAGCUCCGCGCCUACGACGGCACAACCCCCGACACGCCCAUCUACCUCGCCAUCAACCACACCAUCUACGACGUGUCGGCGAACCCGCGCAGCUACGGCCCGGGCGGCAGCUACCACCUCUUCGCCGGGCACGACGCCUCGCGCGCCUUCGUCACGGGCUGCUUCGCCGAGGACCGCGUCCCCGACAUGCGCGGCGUCGAGGCCAUGUACCUGCCGCUCGACGACGCCGACGUCGACCGCCACUGGUCGUACGCCGAGCUCGAAGCGCUGCGCGCCGCCGAGCGCGAGGCCGCCGCCCAGAAGGUCCACGACGCCCUGAAGCACUGGGUUGACUUCUUCGGCAACAGCGACAGGUACCAGCGCGUCGGCUACGUGCGGCUCCCUGAGGGGUGGCCUGCUGGGACGCCUGUGCCCCGCCUGUGCGACAAGGCGCAGAAGGGCCGCGUCAAGAGGAAGCUGCCGGGCGAGGAGGAGGAGGAGAGGAAGGCUAAGGAGGAGAGGCGGGCGGCGAAGAAGAGGGAGAAGGAGGCGGAGAAGGCGGGUAAGCCGUGGCUGAAGACGUGA